CAGUGUCAUUUCAUGUGUCUGCGGAAGUUUGCGGUUUACGAUUAUUUUCAUUUUUUAUUUUAAUUUAAUUAUUACACAAUUCGAAAGGAAGAUUAUCCGUUUUGUGAAAUAUUUGUGUUAAAUUUGCUUGCAUAUUUACGUUACAAAAAUAAAUCAUAGUCCACUUAACUAUUCUCCACACUUGAAUUACAUAAAUAAAAAUAGGGCAAAACAUCUGGUCUGGUGCAUUAAUAGAUCCAAGAAAAGAAAUAUCAAUAAUUAUGACGAGUAAUCGAAGCAAAUAUGAGAAAGCAAGGCGGCGGCUGGCUGCUGUAACCUUUUUGUCAAAUAUAUCGCUUGAUGGAACAUUCAAGGACACAGAAUUAGCUCAGAUUGCAGAAAAGUCUCUGAAGAUUGAUAAAACUGACGCAGUGCGUGAUGUACACAAUGAAAAAGAGGUAACUCUUAGAAAUGGCGUUCGCCCUAGAUCUAAGGGACCACAAGCAAGUCCUGUGCACCGUCUUGGGGCUGAUAACCAUUCUUUGAGUUCUGACUCUGAGCUCACAGCAACAGUCACUCCUGUAAAAAGUAGUGCUACUCAUGCAUUUAGAGAGAGAUGUUCAACAGGAAACACAGACUCAUUCAAAGAUAAACAUCCAGCUACUAAAACCAAGAAGGGUCAUCUUGUUUCACUUACUGGAGCCACAACAGAUGAUAGAAGUAGCUCAGAAAGCCUGAACUUUGGUAAAGGCCGAUUCCGCUCCAGCAACACUUGUAUACCAGAAAAUCAUUUAGUAAAUAAGGAGGUGAGACUAGUUCGUGCCACAAGAGGUGUAUCAUUCAAAGAUGAAAGACUUGCCUUUGCCCCAUCUCAAGGUGUGCCAUGUGUGGUGUUCAGUACUAUUCCAUAUUCAAAAACUAUCCGUAGUGUACGUACUGAUCUUAGAAAAGAUGGUGUGAGAAGGCGUAAUACAUCUGGACCUAGACCACUAUCAUCAAUCACUGACAAUGGGGUAGAUCCCUUCGAUCUUCUUGGCUUAGAAAAAGAAGAAAAUGGCCAAGAUAUUUCAUACUCUAAAUUGUUGGUGCCAUCACGAGUAUGCACAAGAGAACAAUAUAAAAAAAUGUAUGAAGGUGAUUUCACUGAUAAAGCCAGUUGGAAAAUUUUAAAUCGUCAUCCCCAUGUUAUAGCCAGGACAAAAUUAUUGACGAGACACAAGGAUAAAAAAUGGUGCUUUUCUUACGAAUCAUCUCAGAGGACUACGAUGGCGUCUUCGCCACCGCACUCUACCGUUGAAAUGAAAACCUUUGACUGGGAUGAGGGAUCUCUGCUGUCGCAGAAAUUUGUACACUACUGCCCAAAUGUCUUAGAUGACCCAGAGCUCAUAGCAGGGAAACAUCGGACGCUCCUGACCUUUACGUCCUACAUGACUUCGAUUAUCGAUUACGUGCGUCCGCAAGACCUAAAGAAAGAGUUAAAUGACAAGUUCAGGGAGAAGUUUCCCCACAUUAAAUUGACGCUUAGCAAACUGAGAAGUAUCAAAAAAGAAAUGCGAAAAAUUGCCAAACACGACAAUGGUGGGAUUGACUUGCUAUCUGUCGCUCAAGCUUAUGUUUACUUUGAGAAACUCAUUCUGGCGAAUCUAAUCAACAAGGACAACCGCAAAUUAUGCGCCGGAGCGUGUUUGUUGCUGUCGGCUAAAUUGAAUGACGUCAAGGGUGAAAUGUUGAAAGCACUUAUUGAGCGCAUCGAAACAACGUUCAGAGUGAACAGAAAAGACUUGAUGAGAUUCGAGUUCGCUGUUCUCGUGGCGCUGGAGUUCGGCCUGCACGUGCCUCCUUACGAGGUGUUCCCCCACUACCAGCGGCUGCUACACGACUCGUGACCCUGGCGCCGGCUGGCCUUCGAGCCAUGUGCGCGCGUGUGCCACCGCCGCCGCGCCAGCAUCGUCGACAACCUCCGGGCGAGCGCUUGGAUGUAAACCCAAUUGAUAAAACGGUCAGUGAGGAUGACAUUAGACUAAACGCUCAUAUUAGCCAACAGUGACUAUUGAAUGCUGACACUAAAUGCUCAUUAACCAAUAGUGACCAUUGAUUAACUGAUGUGCCAUCGCGAUGCACCAGUAUCUUUCGAUAAUCAAAAUAAAAUUAAACGAUUCCAUUCGACCAAUGGAUGCUGACAUUAGACUAAAUUAUGCUCAUUUAAUAACGAUAAUAAUCUUCGAGUUGCGUAACAUGUGAAUGUAGCCCCACGUUGCGCAUGCGCACCAUCUUUGACAACCUCGGCGGGGCGAGUGCUUGGAUCUAAACUCGAACUGCUAGCGGGGACGCUGACAUUAGUUAGUCGACUACUGGAUGCUGAUAUUAGACUAAAUUAUGCUCUUUUGCCGACGGUGAUUUUUGAGCUAUGUACGCACAGAAAUGUGCUACAGUGAUUCGCCAGCUUCUUUCAAACAAAAUACUGUCAGCGAAAUAACUGUUCAUUUGCCAACGGUGACCAUUGAAUGCUGACAUUAGACUGAAUGCCUUUCGCAUUGCGCCAUAGACAACUUCAGAGUGAGUCCUUUAAACUGUGUGCGGUCACUUGACUAUUGAAUGCUAAAUGGUAAAUUAGACUAAAAUACACAUUUACAUUAGAAAAUUGAGCGGUGACUGAAACUGCUUGACAGAAUAGAAAUAAAACUGCAUGAGCUCCAUCUACCAUUGAAUGCUGAAAUAAGAUCAAUGUUUACUAUACAUAUUCAUUGUAGUGAACCUGAAAAUUAGCUGGGUGAAUUCUAUAACUUUAUUAUAAUAUAUAAUAUACAUAAAUAUAAUACAAAUAUAACUUUAGUACAACUGCAGUUUAGUUUUUAAUUCGAGUGGUCAAAGUCGGCGAUUUUCGAUAGCCAUAAUUUAAUUCGGCUAUUUCUGAUAUGGCCUAAGAAUCAUAUCUGUCAGUUUACUCAAAUUAAAAACUAGAUAAUUAUAAUUGCGUAGGUAUACUGUAAACAUGUAAUUUACUAUCCAAUAAAAGAAAGCAAACCGCCCCAUAUACACAGGGUGGCCGUAGAAGUGGCGUCCAAAGCAAAAUUCUGGAUUCCUUAUGACAUGGCCUGUCUGAGUCAUCCGGAUGCACAGUCUAAGAUUGCUUGUAUUGUCCUGAUAUUUGGAAUCAUUAUUUUAUGCCUUUGACGUAAUUUUUCCGGUCACCUAAAUGUAAUUUAAUGUAUUUUAUAACGAAGUAGUUAACGUAGAUGAGUUGUAAGUAUUCAAAUUAAAAUUAAUAUUUUAAUAGAAGACUCUUGUUUCAACUGUGGGAUGCGAACUGUUUAGCACAAAUAACUUAAACAACGAUUAAGAAUUAUCGUUGCUGGGAUUAUUAUUAGAAGUAAACGUGUUGAAAGUUUAACAAAGUGAAUGCUGUAUGUAGCUUAAAAUGUGAUUAAUUGAUUAAUACGCUUGUAAACAUAGCUUUAGCUCCCUAUAAUGUUCCUAAUGCCCGUUUUCACCAUCAAUCCCUAAUUUAAAAGCGACCCCUAUGAAAUCAAAAUUCCUGUUUUGUGUUACCAUAGGGGUCACUUAAAAAUUAGGAAUUGAUGGUGAAAAUUGACAUAAGUGUCCUAAAUUAGGUUUGGAACAUAAUUAUUUGUAGUUAUAUCCUCUUGCCUAUUGCUCUAAUUGACUUCGUUUUACCCGUGGCCCCACUACAUUGUCGGCCGUUUGGUGUAGUGGUUCAGAGCGGACUACUAUGCCGAGAGGUCCCGGGUUCGAUUCCCGGCCGGGCAGAAAUUGAAAUGAUGAAUUUUAAUUUCUGUGACGGGUCUGGGUGUUACUAUGUAUAAUAUGUAUGUAUUUAAAAAAAAGUAUAUAAGUAGUAUAUCCGUUAAGCUAGCACCCAUAACACAAGCAUUAAGUUGCUUACUUUGGGGCUAGCUGGCGCUGUGUGAAAUGGUCCAAAGAUUUUUUAUUUAUUUAUUAUAUGCCACUAGUGGAUUUACGGUUAUUUAUUUUGAGACGUACCACAUUAUUUAUUCUAAUACAGUGAAAAAUUAAACGUAGAGAGCUUGGGACCACGGGUAAAACCGGUGAUUGCCAUCUCUUCAAAACUUAUACCGCCUCAUAAGUGCCCAAUUACAAACUUCUCGAUAUUAGCUUGUGCCCUUUUACCUCUACUAGUAUUACUAGUGUAGCAAAUAGCUCUUACUAUGAUACUUAUUUUCUUAUGGGAUUUCUGCCUAUAUCUAAGUAUUUUAUAAUCGCCUGUAAUAUUCAGUUCAACAUUGUUAACCGUUUUACACAACUGUUGUAUGCAUAUCCAUUGCAUAUUCGAUACGCCUCAAUGCCCGCCUUACUGCUUACGCAUACAAGUAACAUUACAUUUUAAUGAACCUGAAGUGAAACUGAAAAAUGUCCAAAUUAACUCAUUAGAGUCCACGUAUUGCAUUAAUCAAGUUUUUAAAAUUUCGAAAACUACUUAAAUGGCACUGUAUGAACUAUGAAAUCAAUAUCAAACCGCAUUUGUGUUUUACAAAAAAUAUUGCAAGAUUAUUGUAGUAACUCUGACCUUUGUAUCUUAAUACUUUGAUUGUUGAUGGUUGAUGUAAAAACCCUUUGUAUCUUAAUACUUUUGUUUUUUGUAAAUUUUUAUUGGCGGGUUUGUAUGACAUUUUAAUGUAGCUAUUAAACGUAAGUAUGCCAUUAAUUUUAGUUCUUACUACUCUCAUAACUCCAAUAUUUUAUAAGUAGUAUGUAUGUAUGUAUCGGCUUUUUAACUACGCAUAUUAAUUUUAAAUGUAAAAUUAAAUAAACUACAUAAAUGUAUAAAUAUUUAAGAGGCAACUCGCUAGCAGUAGGUAGUAACUAGUCAUAGUGGUUCUUUCGAUUGGUGAUAUAAUUUGGUACGAUUUUAUUAUUUUUUGUAUUGUUAAGGUGCACAAAAUUAAUAAUUGGAUGGUUGUUAUGCAUUUUACAGCGGUUUGUCUUGCCAAAUAAUGAGAAUUUACUUCAG